AUGCGCUUGAUGGACUUGCUCAUGCGCAGGUACUGUGUUGGAUGUGUUGAGAUAUAUGCAUGGGGAGUUAUGUGGUUGAACGUCAAAGGCCAAGAGGGAUGGAUGGUGACCAAGGCGCUCGCAAAAGCAGAGAAGGUUAUGGACAAGACGCCUGCCGAGACCAAGACCUGGAUCGACGGCCUAGGCACCCUCAAGCCCUUCGUCACGCGCGGAGACGUGUCCGCCGCCGCCGCAGAGAACGCGGACGUGAAAGCGAUCCUCCUGGCCAACGCGAAGGCCAAGGCGAUGGACAUGCCCGCUCGCGCGCUAAAGCAGACCUUGAGAGCUGAACUGAAGGGGAAGCCAGUCGCUAACAUUACAGAGGCAGAUAUUGCCGCUAUAGGAGGAGCUCUCCUGGUGCAGGCGCCGCCGAACGUGGUCCAGCAGCUGGCCAAGAAGGGCGUGCUGAAGGGCGACCAGCUCCAGCAGGCGGCGGAGGGUCUCUUCAGCGCCGAGGGACCGGGCUUCAGGGGCAAGGCACGCGAGCUGAUGAAGGCGAUGCUAGAUGCCAACAGCAACAACGUGGAGAGCCUCCCCCCAAGUGUGUACCCCCUGCUGGACGGGGCGCAACUGGAGGGACAGAAGAACACGGUCUUGGAGAAUCUCCUGGCUGAGGCGAAGAAGCAGAACAUCGACCUCACAGCUGACCAAGCGGCAGUUUUCCCAGUUGCGUUCGUGCCCGGCGAUAUGCUGAACAUGCCUCCUACGGUCAAGUCUGGUGUCUCGACCAAGGCCUUGGGAGGUCUUUCAACGGCCAAUCUCAAGGACUUUACGAAGGGUCUUCCUGCUAAUGCUCCUGCGAGCCUGAUGGCGGCCAAGACGGCGUGGGGCGGCAAGACGAAGAUCACGGCCAACGACGUCAAGACCAACAUGGACCUCCUGAAUCUUCUGCCUCCUUCUGCAGCCAUGAAGGUCGAGCAAGCUGACGUCACGGCAGUGUUGGAGAUGAUGGCGUCAGCGCCCCGUCAGCCUUCUAUGACCGUGGUACGUACUGGGGCUGACGCGGGCUGA